AUGGAACUUCAGGAGAAUCAUGAGGAAGCUGAGCUUGGGCUGCCCACAGCAGUAGCAGCAACGAGCUAUGAAGAGUUUGGAAUGCCACCGAAUCAUGACGAACAAGAGCCAGUGGUGGAAGUGGUGCCAAUGUGGCAAGUGAAAGUACCAAGAUGCCUCAAGAACCACGCUGUCUCAAUCGUUGGGCACGCUAUCGACGGCUGCAUUGAGUUCCUACCGGGGGGUGAGGAGGGCACCCUGGACGCGCUAAAAUGUGCUGCGUGCAACUGCCAUCGAAACCUCCACCGUAAGGAGACCCACGACACCUACUCAGUGCCCUUCCACCACCACCACCACCCACUGCUGCCACCCCCAGUGCCAUUAGCAGCUUACUAUCGUGCCCUGCCGGGGUACCUACACAUGACGGGGCACCAAUGUGCCAUGCUAGCACACCCGUCCUUGUCGGGAAGAGGUGGGCCCCAGCCCCCCUGGGAAGACCUGGAGGACUCAGACCCUACGAGUGGUGCCACCACUCAUGAUGGGUCUGGGUCGAGCAGCAAAAAGCGCUUCAGGACCAAAUUUACCCAGCAUCAGAAAGACAAGAUGUUGGUCUUCGCUGAGAAACUCGGGUGGAGGAUGCAAAAGAACGAUGAGAGCAUCGUGCAAGAGUUUUGCUCCGAAAUCGGUGUUCAACGUCAUUUGCUAAAGGUGUGGAUGCAUAAUAACAAGCACAUCUUAGGUAAGAAGCCCUAGAGGCUAGAAGGAAAAAAUAAAUCCACCCCCUUUCCCUCUUUCUAUUUCUCU